GGCUGAUAUAUCAAGUAUCUAUGAUAUCUCGCACUCAACGUUCCGAAAACCAGCCGAAUUCACCAACACCAUGUUACUCUCUGCGUUCGUAUUAGCUACGUGUUGUAGAUUGGCUAGUGGAUAUUACACAAUACUGCUGAAAAAACAUUUCAGUCUAGAAUGGACUACUUUUUCAAUGUUCCAAAGUAACGUAGAUUAUUAUAAGGACAGUUUGGAGUCCUAUCUACGAGGGCUUGGUGAAGCUAAAUUCGACAAAAAUGUAGAAUAUAGUGGUUUUAUCGGCUUGGGUGAGCCUCAGCAAGUCUUCAUAAUGUAUUUCGACACGAGUUUUUCUGGACUCUGGGUGGUAUCAAAUGAUUGCAACUGGAGCUACUACGUUUGUUAUAUGAAGAAACACAAAUAUGAAAAAGAAAGAUCCUCUUCAUACAAACCAGAUAGUUUUAGAAAUGGUUCUGGACGCAUUACAGGAAACAACUUAAAUAUUGAAGGAAAAUACGUUUUGGACACUCUGUGGGUGGACAAUUCUAACGAUGCUACUGAUCAACAGUUUUUGGCGGUCACGACGUUUUGUACAAAUUCCUUACUUUGCAUGCUGGACGCAAGUUUGGUCCCAGACGGGUCUUUUGGGCUAGGAUUCCCUUCAAGUGACCUGAUGAUGGGCCCUCCUUUUCUUACAAUGUUAGACAGAGGGCUUAUAGCGAAUCCUGUAUUUUCGCUCUACAUUAACAGGACAAAUGGUUUCGGAGAGCUUAUAAUUGGAGGGAUAAAGAAGAGUUAUUACAACAGUGACUCUCUCAAUUUCGUAGACGUUCAUAACAAAACAAAAACUUGGACAAUCGAUUUUAAAUCAGUAACACUGGAUGAACAAGAACUAUGCCAUCAUAAAUGCACAGUUGUUAUAGAUACCGGCACUUCCUUAAUAGCAGCUCCUCUGGAUGUGUUAAAGAGAAUCUAUGAAAUCCUUAAAAUAAAAGUAUCAAAUCCUGAACGUGUUGUUGCAAUCCCCUGUGAAAAUAUUGUAUCUUUGCCAUCUUUAAGUUUUCAUAUAAAUGAGAACGUCUACACUAUAUCAGGAAAAGAUUAUACGAUCAAGCUAACAGAUAGAUGUGUGCUCGGUUUUAUGGAAAAUAGAAAUUCUCAUAGUUGGGUACUUGGUUAUCUAUUCUUGAAAAACUUCUAUACAAUUUUCAACUAUGGAACAAGACAAAUAGGACUUGCCAACAUGAAAUAAAACAGAUUGCUGAAGCAGAGGAGCAGUUGUUUGAAAUUGCGCGAUUGGUUGGAGUGGAUAUCGAAGAAAGCACAUUGAGGUUGCUCAUUCUCCUUUUAGAAGAAGGGUUUACACCCGAAUCUGUUUUUACAAUGUAUCAUGACUCUAUCAAAUAAACAUCAACAUGUAGCAAUAAUAAAAAUGUAUACGAAAUCCAUCAAUGUAUUGGACAAAGUGACUAUAGAGUACAUUAAGUAUUGCGUUAUAGAAUAACAUACUAAAUAUAAUUGUAACACAAAAACAUGUUAUAUCUAAAGCUUGCCCAAACAAUUGAUAUGACCACAAUGUAUAAAACAUAUAUACAUAUUUUGUUUUCAUUUUUCUAAUAAAUGUUUUGCAGCCUCCCUUAAUUCUGUGAAUCAAAGGCAAUUGCUUUCCAGUUUAAGCAGCUCUGCCGUAUAUUUGUUGAUUUAAUCAUAUAACACAUGCGAAUCUACUUUCUGGAUGAAACCCCUCUCCAAAAUGUUAAAAUAUAAUCAAAAAAUGAUUUCCAAAAGUAUUAGAUUGACAUAUAAGUACUUUCGGUUUUUCUGUUUAUUUUUAUGUCACUUCUUAUCUAAUGAAUUAUCCGAUAUACACUCUAUCAAUCAUCUGAUAUUCUUAUCUGAUGAAUCCAUCCUAAGUUGGAUUGUUUAUUCUGUUUUUAAUACAUCAGCAACUAUAUCUGUUAACUCUUGUUGAAAAUAAAUUAGUAUUAUGUUUGCUAUUGCACUGUGAAUAUGGAAGAAAAUACCAUUCAUUAUCGGUAUAUUUUGUUAUAUUAUUUUAAAAAAGAUAACCGUGCUGCAGAAAUUCAUAGAAAAAUUUGCAUUGUUCAUGGGGAUGAAAAUUGGUUUGCCAAAUUUCAUUCAGGAAAUUUUUACAACAAUGAUGCCCAACGGUCUGGUCGCCCAUGUGAAAUUGAAACGAGCAAUGUUAAGGCUAUUAUUGAUCAAAAUCCCACACAAUCAGUGCGAGAGAUUGCUAUGGCCCUAAAUGUGUCGAACACAAGUGUAGAAAACCAUUUGCACAACCUUGGCUAUGUUUCCAGGGUUAAUGUCUGGAUCCCUCACUCUCUAAUCGAAGUCAACUUGGCAACAAACAUUUCUGUUUGUGAAUCACUACGGAAAUGGCAACAAAACGACCCAUUUUCGAAGAGCCUGGUAACAGGAGAUGAAAAAUGGAUAUUUUAUGAUUAUAUUGUCCUUAGAAAAUCUUGGGGAUCUAGUAGUGAGGCUCCUAGAAGAAUGACAAAACACGGAUUGCAUCCAAAGAAGAUAAUGUUUUCCACAUGGUGAAAUUUCAAGGGUGUUAUCUUCUAGAGUUAUUGCCAUCAGGCCAAACAAUUGAUUUAACUCUAUACUGUUCACAAUUAACAAAAUUGGAUGAAUCAAUUAAAAAUAAAUGCCCAGAACUGACAAAUCGUAAGGGUGUUGUGUUCCACCAAGACAACGCUAGGCCCCACACCUCAUUGGUCAUAUGCAAUAAAUUGUUGAGCCUUGGAUGGGACCUCUUUCCCACAUCCUUCCUUUUCACCAGAGCCAGCUCCAAGUGACUUUCAUCUAUUUUCGGGUCUCUGCAGAACUCUAUGAAUGGAAAGAAAUUCCAAAAGGAAGAGGACAUCAAAAACCACUUGGAUCAGUUUUUUAACAAUAAACUCCAGAAAUUCUAUGAACAU